AUGGCAUCCAGAGUUGCCUUCCUACGAGAGGCCGAACUCCGCCUCCUGCGCUGCACCCUUCCCGCCGCAGCCUCCCAACCACCGCCCCCUUCACCUCCCCCAGCCCACCCGCUCGGCCCCGUCGCCGCCUCCGCCCUCGCCGCCGUCGAGCACGGGGACUACGCGGCUGCGCUCGCCUCCGCUGUCCCGCACAUCCUCUGCACUUCCGCCUCAAUCCAUGACUCCCCUGCGCAGUUCUACGGCGACCUCGCUGCCGCUACCGAGGUGUUCCUCCGGGGGGAUGUCGGAGGUGCCGCGGACGAGGGGUUCGAGUGCAGGUGCGCGCUUGUUCUCUCCGCAGCGGUGGCCGCGCUGGUCGCAUUCACGCAGCAGAACGUGACAGGGCCUUCAAGAAAAUAUUCAUCAUUUCCUUUCUGGACUUCAUCAUUUGAUGAAGGGUGGUAUAGUGAUCCUGGAUGCAAAUGGGAGGCAUGGGCUUCUGAUCACUUAGCUUCUUUUGGUUCCCAUGUUCAUGGGAAGUUCUUGCUCCUGCAGUUUAUUGUCUUUGCGGAAUGUCUGUUGACAAGCAUAAAGAGUCUAGACUCUGAUUUGUGGAGUGUAUCAUGGUGGCUGUGCAGAUUAUCCAUGUCCCAGCAGAACAUUUUAGAUGAGCUAUCAUCCUCUUUGUUUGAUGAAGUACAGGUACACAAAAAUAAAAUGUUGACCCACUUUGGUGAACUUGAAACGGUUUCUAGCUACUGGGGUUCUUUCUUAAUUGACGGAGAAGGCUCUUCUUUAGUCUCAGCUGCUCUUUUGGAAGCUGGACUUGCAGAGAAUAUGUACGGUCUAGUUGAUGCUUCAAGGUUGCAUCUGGAUAGUGCUCAAGAGGCAUGUGGGAUUCAUCUUUCUCUAACAGGGAUUCUUGGUUUUCGAACAAUACACCAGGUGGAUGCGAAGUCCCAAAUGGUACUUGUUCCGAAGACCACUAAACCAGCAGGUGAUGUGGUACAAUCAGCAGAACUAACAAGAGCUCAGAGUGAUGUUGUGGCUUCGAAAAAGACGAGGAGCUCUGUUCCUGAUGAAAGUGAUGAAUUUUGUGAUAUACUAAGAACGCCUUCACUAGCACAAAAUGUGACCGACUCGAAUAGUGAAAGCACACAGAUACAACUAACUCCUGUCCAACAGGCUGUUGUACUUGCACAAUGUUUACAUGUGAGUCGGAGGAGUCGGGGUGAUGAAAUGUCUGGAUGGGAGAUGGCACCAUACAUAGAGUCAAUUGAUUCUCAAGAUGAUUCGUGCUUUGUGGUCAGGAGCUUGUGUGAUGUUCUGCGUAUUAGGUGGGAGUCCACUCGCAGUCGAACAAAACAGCGUGCACUGUUACUGAUGGAGAAUUUGGUUGAAGAUAUCAGCAAAGAAUUUCCUGUGGCUUCAGAAAGAGCCAGAUUGAUUUUUGGAGUCCAUAUGCCGACUCUCCCUGCAUUAAGAAAAGAAUAUGGGGAACUGUUGAUAAGUUGUGGUUUACUUGGAGAAGCUCUGAACGUUUUCAAAGAUCUCGAAUUGUGGGAUAAUCUCAUCUAUUGCUAUCGAUUAUCGGGCAAACUUGCGGAUGCAGUUAGUCUAAUAAAUACUCGGCUCUUGAUUACGCCCAAUGACCCAAGAUUAUGGUGUUCACUUGGUGAUGCUACAAAUAACGACGAUCAUUAUAAGAAAGCAUUGGAAGUCUCAAAUAAAAAAUCCGCUCGAGCUCUGCGCUCUCUGGCUCGUAGUGCGUACAACAAGAAUGAUUUCUAUGCAUCCAAAUUUUUUUGGGAAUCUGCAUUGGCAUUGAAUUCGUUGCAUCCAGAUGGUUGGUUUGCCUAUGGUACAUCCGCAUGGAAGGAUAAAGAUCUUGAGAAGGCUGUGGAUGCUUUUAGUCGUGCUGUGCAGAUAGAUCCUGAAAAUGGAGAAGCAUGGAACAAUAUAGGAUGCCUGCACAUGAUUAGAGGAAAGAGUCAAGCGUCAGUCCAGGCAUUCAGGGAGGCUGUUAAAUUCAAGAGGACUAGCUGGGAACUUUGGGAAAAUUACAGUAAGGUUGCUUUGGACACAGGCAAUAUUCAACUGACACUUGAAGCUAUCAAAAUGGUAUUAAAUUUGUCCUUCAACAAGCACUUCAAUGUUGAUUUAUUGGACAAGGUGAUGACCACCCUCGAAGAACAAGGUACACAUCUGAAUGAUACUCAAGAUGAAAAAUCCGUAGGUAACACUUCAGAUGAUUCAAAUAAAGAGACCAGGCAAUCGAGUCAACUGUUUGAUAUAAUUGGCAACAUCCUUGAGCAGAUUGUAAAAAGUGGGGCUAGCAAUCCGGAGAUAUGGGGAUUACAUGCUAGAUGCCAGAAAAGCAAGGGCAACCUCACGAAAUGUUCUAAUGCUUUGUUCACGCAAGUUCAAUAUCUCCAGGGAUCAGAAUUAUUUCAUGACUAUAAGAAGUUCACGAAGUUUGCUCAAGUUUCUUUGCAGCUUUGCAAGGUCUACAUGGAAAUUUCUUCCACGACUGGAAGCAAACGUAAACUAUUGUUAGCUGAGAUGCAUCUUAAAAGCUCCUUGAAACAGGCAAUGGACUUCGUAGGUACAGAGGAGUAUAAAGAACUUGAUGAGUGCCUUGCUGAAUUACAAGACCUGAUUGGUGCUACCUAGACUUACAGAGAAAACAACGAGCGGAGGGGACCGAUAUGGCGGAGGAUUCGCACGAUUCGUUGCUCGAUUCACUCGUAGUGUUCUGGUAACGCGGUCUUCAAGGUGGAGGGUGGCCGGAAUCACGUGGUAUGCGAUUUCCAGCCGUGCUACCAAACAAGUUUAAUGGAAUCAGGUCGCCGUGUCAAAGAAUGGGCUAGCCAAACACGAUUCUCGAGUCGGCACCUAGAUGAUUCUUGGAAGGAGCACAAAUAAAACUUUUCACACGUGUUUUCUUUCUGUAUUUUUUACUUUCCGAAUGCACCUUCUGAGUUACUUGCCUGCAGCCCUGAACCCCAAACGAACUACAUAGCCUUUUUUCCGGAACCCUGAAUGAGCACAGAGACAUUCAAGGCA